UGUGAUGAAGCUGAUUCUCUUGAUGAGAAUAAUGAACAUUCAGAUGUCUACUGUUCCGAUGAGGCAAUAUCAGAUCAACAGAUGAAACAUCUCAAGAUAAUAUUUGAGAUGAAGAAGAAGAGACAUAGAGUUCUAGAACUUGAACUACAACUGGAAAAACUUCAUCAACAGAGAUUCUCUACAGAUUGA